ACUGCAUAGACAACAUGAGCGGACGGUCUCGCCAUGCAAGCGCCAUUCUCGGCCAGGAUCUCUUCGGCCGCCUCUCACAGACCAAGGUCCUCCUCGUUGGCGCGGGUGGUAUCGGCUGCGAACUCUUGAAGAACAUCGUCCUCACUGGCUUUGGUGACAUCACCCUCCUCGACCUUGAUACUAUAGACCUCUCCAAUCUCAACCGCCAGUUUCUAUUCCGAAAGAAGGACAUCAAGCAAAGCAAGGCUAUGGUAGCGGCCAAAACCGCGUCUGCCUUCAACCCGAACGUGAAAAUCACACCAAUCCACGCAAACAUUAAAGAGCCUCAGUUUGAUGUCUCUUGGUUCCGUCGUUUCCACUUGGUCCUCAAUGCCUUGGAUAACCUUGAUGCGCGCCGGCACGUCAACAAGAUGUGCAUGGCCGCCAACGUGCCCCUGGUGGAGUCGGGCACCGCGGGGUAUCUGGGGCAGGUGCAGCCCAUCCUCAAGGACCGCGCAGAGUGCUUCGACUGCGUACCGAAGCCGACACCGAAGACGUUCCCGGUGUGCACCAUCCGGUCGACACCGUCACAGCCCAUACACUGUAUAGUGUGGGCGAAAAGCUACCUUCUGCCCCAACUGUUCGGCGAGGACGAGGACGGUGGGGAGCUGGAUGAAGCCGAAAAGCAGGGCGAGAACGCGUCGGAAAUCGCAGCGCUCCGCAAAGAAGCCCAAGCCUUUAAGGCCGUCCGCACCGCCCUCCGCUCGGCGCCCUCCCCCACCGCGUCCUCAUCCUCAUCGUCCUCUGCCGCGAAAGCAGUCUUCACGAAGGUCUUCCACUCCGACAUCCUCAACCUCCUCUCCAUGGCGGACAUGUGGCGCUCGCGCGCGCCGCCCACCCCGCUCGACUUCGACCAGAUCCGCGCGGGCUCGUUCGCGUCGCCCCCCGCGGCCAAGCCGCACCCGCAGCCGAACGGCGUCCACGCGCACGGCAACGGGAACGUCGACGGGAAGCCGACGGGGAGCUCCGCGACCGAGAUCCUGCUGAACGGCGCGGGGGGGCCGGCGGGCGCGACGGGCGCGGGGCUGAAGGACCAGCGCGCGCUGAGCCUGCAGGACAACCUGGAGCUGUUCGUCGCGAGCACGGAGCGGCUCGCGGCGCGGGUGCGCGCCGGGGAGGAGACGAUCGCGUUCGACAAGGACGACGAGGACACGCUCGACUUUGUGACCGCGGCUUCGAACUUGCGCUCUGCGGCGUACGGAAUUCCGGGAAAGAGCCGGUGGGAGGUGAAAGAGAUGGCAGGGAACAUCAUUCCAGCAAUUGCGACGACGAACGCGAUCAUCGCGGGCCUCAUCGUGCUCCAGGCGUUGCACCUACUCCGCAAGUCCUACGACGCGCUCCGGAACGUACACGUGCAGUUUAAGCCGUCCAUGCCGCUCAGCGCGAUCGCGAUGUGCCCGCCGAACUCGUUCUGCGGGGUCUGCCGCGACACGUACACGGAGGUGCUGUGCGACCCCGCGCGCGUCACGCUCCAGGAGGUCGUCGACGGCAUUCUGGGCGCGGGCCAGGACGCGGAGCAGCGGGAGGUGAGCGUGUACGAGGACAAGCGCGUGCUGAGCGACCCGGACUGGGACGACAACAACGGGCGGACGCUGGAGAGCCUGAACGUCACCAGGGGCACGUUUUUGUCGAUCGUGGACGAGGAGGGCGAGUACGCGACCGUCCAGGUCGCCAUCGGGGUCUUACCGCCGAACCACCCCGUCGACGCGCCCGCACUCGUCCUCCCCGAGCCCCUGCCUAGACCGCCGCGGAAGGAGAGGCCGCGUCCCGCGACGCCGUCCCCGCCCACGCCGUCGGCCGCCAAGAAGCGGCCCGCGCCGGACGACAUCGAGGAGAUCGACUCGCCCCCAGCGAAGCGCGGCAGGAUGGGUGCCGAUACCGCCUCCGCGGUGCCGUUCACCCCCAGCAAGAAGCGGCGGCUGGAGGAGGACGGGCUGAUCAUCCUCGACAGCGCCGAGGAGAAGAUCGAGGAGCAGGACCCGGACGUCAUCGAGAUCGACUGAGAUGCGUGCUCCUCCUUUGUCCUUGUACCUUGCAUCGUACGGCUAUGGUCGGCGCUGGUGCUUGUCCCCAGCAACCGGCAUAUUUUUGUACGCUGCGCGUCGUGGUGUGCAAUGUAUAUAUACAUACAUAGGCUGGAGGCGCAUGCGCAUGUUCAUACGUUUCUUGUCUCGUCUCCACUCGGAGCUGUCGUAAUCUUAUGUUGCUAUCGUAGUACUUUACACAUACAUACAUGCAUACGUGCGCCCGUGCUGCCCAACAAACAUGUACAUAUUGCUAUGGUUCGUGCUUUUCGUAUACAGCGCCACGUGCCAUAUGAAAGACGGACUGUCCC